CAUCUCCUUAUUCCGAUUUAAUCAAUCUGUGUAAUGGGGAAAAGCCAAUACGACGUCAAAUCAUUUCUAUAUGCUAUUUUGUAUGUUCAAUUUUUAUAUGUUCUGCUACUCCGGCGUGUUGUUCAAUUGAUUGAUCAUUUUACUUUUUUUGUUGGCUACUCUAUUGAAUUAUUUUAAUCGGAGGGGAAAGAAAUAUUGAGGCUUUCUUCUUUAUUGAACUGGAAAUUGGGGGAGUUUUUCACCAUGGUUCUUCCUUUAUGCCUUACAUUGUGCAUGUUCAGGUGCAAUUUGUUUCUGGUUGAUGAAAUGAAGAGGACCGCAUACUACAAUGAUGUACCUCAACAAGUGCAUGAUCCGUGGCCUAUCAAGAAAGCACUAACAUUCUCUGAUGUUGAUACCACUCAUCCUUUCCUGACAUUGUCCCGCCAACAAGUUGAAUCCAAUAUUUUGAUGUACAUGACACCUCAACAGCAGGAAAAUCUGAGAGCUGAAGGUCAAGUGGGUUUUAAUGCUCAGGACGAUGAUACUGGUGAAAUGUCUGUAAUGAAAUUAAAGUGGCGUGGGAGCUAUUAUAAUCUAAUUGGAAAAUGGGGAAAAGUUGUUCGUGGAAAGGGACUUGAAGUUGGGCAGGAAAUUAAGCUACGAUGGUUUAAUGGAUGCUUACAUUACUCAGUUCCGCAACAGCGAAUUGUUGCAGUACCACCAAUCAGAAUGGUUGCAGCUCCUCUAGUGCAGGACCACUGGCCUAUCAGAAAGGUACUCACAUCAUCAGAUGUGGACCCUCAUCAUCCUUUUCUUCCAUUGCCUCGUAAAUCUGUUGAAGAGCAUAUUCUUGUGCACUGGAGACCCCAGGAAAGGGAAAGAUUGAGAAAGGAUGAACAAGUAUCUAUAAAUGCUCGAGAUUAUGAUACGGGUGAGGCUCAUGGGAUGAAAUUGAAGUGGCGAGGUAAUUAUUAUCAUCUUCUUGGGAAAUGGGCUAAUAUAAUUAGGCAUAAAGGACUUGGUGUUGGAAAAGAAAUCAGACUACGGUGGGCAAAUAAUUGCUUGUUUUUCUCUGUUCCAGAGGAACAUAUUGUUGCUGCACCAUCUGGGCAUGAUGAUUGGCCUAUCAAGAAAACUCUCACAUUGUCGGAUGUGGAUACAAAUCAUCCAUUCCUUACUUUGCCAGGCAAAGCUGUCGAGGAUCACAUUCUUUUCUACUGGACUCACCAAGCUCAAGACCAGUUGAGGAAUGAACAUCAAGUUGGUGUCAAUGGUCGAGAUGAUGAUACUGGCGAUUUGUAUGUGAUGAAGUUGAAAUGGCGUGGAAGUUAUUACAAUCUGAUUGGUAAAUGGGGCAAAAUAAUCAGAGAGAAGAGGCUCGAUGUAGGGAGAGAGAUCAAGGUACGCUGGGAUAAUGGAUGCUUGGUUUUCUCAGUUCCUCAAUGACAGAGUUCUUUCAUGUAGAUCUAAGUUGAAACUGUAGCCCAUCUAUUGCGAUUCUCUCUAUAUAAUAUAUCAAUGGAGUGCCUUUACUUUCUCGUUAAUAUGAUAAUUGACAUGAAAGAGUAUACUUAUACCAUUAUUUUAAGCUGCUAUAACUGUGGGAUCAUCAAUUGAAUUUAAGACUUUCUAUUUCAUUCAGUUA